AAAGAAUAAAAGUUGUAACGUGGAAAAUGGGUAAUUUUGUCAUUUCAAACACUGUCGCUUGUUUUCCCUAACCCAGACGCAGACCCGGAAAAGCAUCUCCAAUCGACUGCGGGCGAUGGUUGCUUUGGGGCGAUUCGUCGUCUUAAAUUCGUCAUUUUAUCGACACCCUCUACGGGCUCUGCGAACUCCGGCCUUGUCUUUCCGGUAUUGCCCUUUUGAAUUGGAUAAAUUUACCCACAAGCCCCACCCAAAGCACUUGAAGCUUGUCACCUCAUCUGCUUUCUCCUCCUCGUCGUUAUCGUCCUCAUCCAUGGAAGCUCCGCCGGAUGGUUAUAGAAGAAAUGUCGGCAUCUGUCUCGUCAAUCCUUCUAAUAAGAUCUUUGUAGCUUCGAGACUUGAUGUUCCUGGCGCCUGGCAAAUGCCGCAGGGUGGUGUUGAUGAGGGUGAAGAUCCAAGAAACGCAGCUAUCAGAGAAUUGAGAGAAGAAACAGGAGUUACUUCUGCUGAAGUUCUUGCAGAGGUUCCAUAUUGGUUGACUUACGACUUCCCACUGGAGGUAAAAGAAAAGAUUAAUCGUCAAUGGGGGUCAGACUGGAAAGGUCAAGCACAGAAGUGGUUUCUUCUUACAUUCACUGGGAAGGAGGAAGAGAUAAACCUUUUGGGUGAUGGAACUGAAAAGGCAGAGUUUGGGGAGUGGUCAUGGAUGACUCCACAGCAAGUGGUUGACCUUCAGGCAGUCAAUUUCAAGAAACCUGUUUAUGAAGAAGUUUUGAAAGUUUUCACUCCCUAUCUUCAUUAUGAUUCAUCUGGACAAAUGUUGUAGACAGUUCUCACUUCUAAGUGCAAAGAGGUGACUGGAAUUCGCUGGUCCGGAUAGUGGGUUCGCUGGCAGUUUCUAUGAGUUGCGUGAACAAUCUACUUGCAUCUGUAUUCAUGUCCUCUGUUCCCAACUUCCCGGUGUAAAUCAGCCCAAAAUCCCAGUUUAAUAGUUUAUCCAAUGUUCUACCAAGUAAUAUCAUAGUUGUCAUGCCGUCUAAGUGACCUAAGGCGUUGGAGGGGCCCUAGAUGUCGAUGCAACACUGAAAAGGCCUAGGCGAUCAAUUGUCAUGCGGGCUUCCUCUCAGACCUCUGGUGUUGGAAGAAGGGACUUAGUACAAGGUUUGUAGGUUGCUGACCUUGAGGGAUGAUUUGGUGAUCCUGAUCCAUGGAUCAGAUUUGUAAAUCUUUUCAGGAACUUUUCAGUAAUAACGAAUUUCAUAUAAUCCAAGCUCAAAUAGAUUCAAUAUAACAGAACAGGAUCCAUCGACAAUGAAGGGGGAGAAUUUUAUUAA